AUGUAUUCUGAGAAAAGUGUAGACGAAACGAUAUGUAAAAAAGUAACUUCGAUCGAUUUAAAUUCUGAAAUAUCUGUGCUCUUCACGUGGUGUACCAUUGUCUUAGCUUUAAAAUCUCCAAUAUUGUCGUCAUCAGAGUUAUUUUUGGCUCGACUAGUAGGCGUUCUAGUAAAUGGCCCAUAUUAUGGGACACUUUUGAUACAUUUCUUUGUGGCCCUUAAUCGUUUGUGUGCUGUUUUAUAUCCAAUAAGAUACAAGCAAUUAUGGUCAGAAUCAAGAAGUUUAAUUGUUGGAAUCAUCUCAUGGACAACUGGAACUUCCUUAUGUAUGCUACAUUUAUAUAAAGAUUGUUCGCUUUUAUUUAAUGAAAAUUCAUCUUAUCGCUUUUUCUAUGGAGAUUCCUAUUAUGGCAAAGUUUGUGGCAAUGCCGAUGCUGCAUUAUCAGUAUUUAUAGUAAUGAUAAUGGCAUGCCUUGAUUCCAUUACUUUGAUCAAAUUACUUGCAUAUCGCAGAGCACUACGAAAAAAUGUUACAAUGUCAACUGGUAGUGCUUUCAACAAAAAAGAAGUAUUAUUCUUCAAACAGUAUUUGUUGCUCAGUAAUUUAUUACUGUUUGCAUCAUACACUAUAAUGUGGAUCCUGAUUCAAUGA